UUCACAGAGAUAAGCCAUUUUCACUCUGUCUCUCUCUCUCUCUCUCUCUCUCUCUCUGUGUCUAUAACUGUUCCGUGCAAACACAUUCACAGAGAAGAUGCCGAUUGAUGGAUCAUGUAAGUGGCAUUUCCAGGCGAACCAAGAGCUGAUCGCAGCAUCUUCGCUCUCUGUACGAAACACGGUCAUCACUUUGGAAAGUUUAAGCAAAGAAGAUAAAAGGCCGACCAUCCCUCUCGGCCAUGGUGACCCUACAGCCUUCCCCGGCUUCCAAACCACCGUCGCGGCAGAAGACGCCAUCGUCGAUGCCGUCAGGUCUGCGAAAUACAGUAGCUAUUGCAAAAGCCUCCAAGGUCUUCUUCCGGCAAGAAGGGCAGUAGCAGAAUACCUCUCGCGAGAUCUGCCAUACAAGCUAUCACCAGACCAUGUAUUUCUUACAGCCGGAUGCAAGCAAGCCAUUGAAUACAUUACAGCAGUCCUAGCCCGCCCUAAUGCCAACAUUUUGCUUCCGAGACCUGGCUUCCCUGACUACAAUGCUCAUGCUGCGCUUUGCCAUAUCGAGAUUCGCAUAUUUGAUCUUCUACCGGAAAAGGGUUGGGAGGUUGACCUUGAAGCUGUUGAAGCUGUGGCAGAUGACAAUACUGUCGCUAUGGUCAUCAUAAACCCUGGCAAUCCUUGCGGAAAUGUUUAUACUCGCCUGCAUUUGAUGAAGGUGGCAGAGGCUGCUAGAAAGCUUGGGAUCAUUGUAAUUGCUGAUGAAGUUUAUGCUCAUCUCAACUUUGGGGAAAAUCCUUUUGUUCCAAUGGGGGCUUUUGCAUCAAUUGCUCCUGUCGUCACGCUUGGAUCUAUAUCCAAGAGAUGGCUCGUUCCUGGCUGGAGAAUCGGUUGGCUUGUUACAAAUGAUCCUAAUGACAUCCUAAGAAAAACGGGGGUAAUGUCUUCUAUGAGGACCUUAUACAUCUAUUCAUCUGAACCUGCCACUUUCAUUCAGGGAGCACUUCCUGAUAUCCUUAUAAAGACAAAGGUGGAAUUCUUUGCUAAGAUUAUUAGGAUCUUGAGGGACACUGCUGGCAUAUGCUAUGCCAAAAUCAAAGAGAUACCUUGUUUCACCUGCCCAUACAAGCCACAGGGAGCAAUGUUUAUGACUGUAAAACUAAACCUAGCACUUCUGGAAGGAAUUCAUGAUGAUACGGAGUUCUGUGUGAAGCUGGCCAGGGAGGAAUCUGUCGUCGUUUUACCAGGCAUGGCAGUUGGAUUAAAGAACUGGCUACGCAUAACUUAUGCUGUUGAACCUUCAGCACUUGAAGAGGGCCUUGAGAGGAUUAGAGUAUUCUGCCAAAGGCACUCCAAGAAGUGAUUUGGACUGAUCUCAUUCAAUUGCAGUAUCAACUAUGAAUCAAUAUACAAAAGAGCUUAACAGAAAAGGACGUCGUUGGUGUGAUCAGUGACCAACAGCAUUUCGUUGGAUCACAGAUUAUCAUUUGCGUUAGCUGGCACUGCUUGUUCUUCAUAUUUAAGAACUGAGAGUUCAAGAGGAAUUCUUUAAUAUGUGUUUUGCUCAAGCAUUGGCUUUGGUAUGUUUUGCUGAUAGGCCGGUUUGUUUUGUUGUUUUGUUUCUUAGUUUGCUGAUAUAGGUUGUACUUAGGAUGCUUAAUGGUUUCUUAGCUCCUUUUGCUUUCUCGUCUUAAUUGCUGUAAUUAGUGAGUGUAAUCUGUUUUUUCAAUAUUAAUAAAAUGGACUUUUGCUUGGC